AGUCGCAUAUGAACCUUCCAAGUGAUCGUACACACGUUCGUCAGUUUUUACGGUUCCGAGCUUAGGCUACGCUUAGAAGAGUAUCACACCGUCGCGCAUGUUAAGCUGCGGCUUUUAGGCUUCCCAGCAGUUGGCAGUUGUUAGUGUUGACCCCCGUUGACCGUGUGCGAAACCGAGCGUUGUGGGUUGUCUGUUGAUUGUCGACCCGCGCCUGUCCCGCGUGUAUGGUGACCGCGCGUGUUUUGUAUGUGACUCCAGAGGAUAAUCGCGCGCGCUGCUGGAAUUGUGGAGAAGAGAGCAGUUUAGUAACCUGAUCCUCCUGCCGCGAAGUUGUGUGCGCCUCUGCAAUCUAGUUUGGCCGCGCGCUUAAUUGCGUGAAUUGCAGCAACGUGCUUCCCAAACCCAAUCAUCGCCGUUCGAGUCAAAUCGAAGUCAAGUGUGUUGCGUCGCGUCGUCGUGAAGAAUCGAAAAGUUUUCCAAUCCUCCGGGUAGUGAAUGUGCCACCGUUGUUGUGCGACGACAAAGGUCUCAACCCGCGGCAGGUGAUGAUGUCAGUGCCUAUUGUCGCUGGCUACGCUCAUCGAAAUUGUCGUUCCGGCUUCUGCCAUCGCUCUCGUGUAUUGUUGUCCUAUCAAUCUGCUAUAAAGCGAAACAACGAAUAUUAAUCAGUUGAGCAAACACAGUAGGACGAAGAAGAUUAUCAAGUCUACGCGGUGAACGACGUCAAACAACGCGAUUGAUUUCUUGGAGAGCCGGAGGAGAAGAUCCGAGGACAGCCAACAUGAUAAGAGUCAACUCGCAGUCAUUCAGUCUGUCGAGCACGCUGAAAAAGAAAAAUGCCCACGAAGAUGAACAACAGCAACUACAGCAGCAACAGAUUAUCAACAGCAAGUACAACUCGCUACCGAUCCAGCAUCAGCAGACACGGCAGACCACCAACCUGAACCAUGUUAAUAACAACAGUAUCCCCAACGGUGGCACCCAUUAUCAGCAGCAUAAUUACUCGUCACAAGUCCAUCAGUACCAGCAUCAGCAGCAGCAGCAGCAACAACAACAACAGCAGUCACCAUCUCAACGGCAGUACCACAGUACCGGAUCCAACAACAAUCAGGAUCGGGAAUCGACGGCAGCCACCAGCCUGCGGUUAAGUUAUGUCACCGAGAGGAUACUGGCGUCGAUACUGCCCGCGAGGCGAGCGAUCCGGAAUGGCACUACCACGCCGGUGCCGGGUUGCGCCGACGAGCACGAACGGGAGCUGAUCGAGAUGCUAGAGCAGAAGCACGAAAAGAACUACCGGAUAUUCGACCUGGAGUCGUGCAUCGCCAGCAUCAGCCUGGAGAAACUGUGUGAACUGUGCAAGCACAUCGAUUCGUGGCUCGGCAGCGGCAAGGAGAAGAUCGUCGUACUGCAGGACAGAGAAGACAAACAACGUCUCGGUACUGCCAUCGCCGCCUAUCUGGAGUACCAGAAGAUAUGCGGCUCAAACUUCCCACAAUCCAACCGUACCAAAGCACUUCAAUCGCCCGGUGGCCCCGGCUCAGACCUCAGUGGGCGCCGUACGCCCACCUGGCUCGAUCUGGACAUCUACUCGACGCAGAAAUUCCUGGAAUCCAUAACGGGGCCGCUGCGGAUUCCGUCGCACAAGCGCUACAUCAAGUACUUUUCCGGGCUGCUGUCCGGCACCAUCAAAAUGAACGCCGCCUCGCUGUUUCUGCGGGCCAUUAUCGUCGAGUCGCCCCCGUGCCUGCACUACCGGGCCAUCACCGUGAACAGCGAGUGGCGAAGUUUCAUCAAGAUCUACGAGGGCGUCCGGUGUCUGUUCACGUCGGACAUCUACGUGAUACCGAUCACCACCCGGCAGUUUAUCUACGAGAUCAAACAUCCGCUUCGGUUGCGCGGGGACAUCCUCAUACGGUGCUACCAGAUUAUACCAAAUAACAACAAGCUGCACGACGAGAAGGAACUGAUCUCGUGCGUGCAGUUCCACACCUGUGCCAUAACCGAGAGGGAAGUACAAUUCACGAAGGUCGCGCUAGAUCUGGCGUGCAACGAUGAGCGGUUUCCGGCCGAUCACAAAGUGACGCUUAGCUUUGAUACGACGCCAAAUGAGAGGAGUGCGAUAUUGGUCUUCCAAAAUCCGCUGGUGAGGAUAGAACCCAUCAUCGAAGGUGGGGACCACCUGGAAACGGUCAAUGAAGACGAGUCGAGCCACACGCACGGACCCCUGGACGGUUCUCUUUACGCGACAAUCCUCAAGAGCCCCAAAUCACCAACCGGAAGCAGUAGUGGGCAGACCCUGAUCUCGCCACCGGCCGAGUUUAGUAACGGAAAACCGAUUCCGAACGGACACCACCAUCCGGUGCCACCGGUGACGCCUCCCCCGAGGAGUUCCUCCGCCCUCAGCUCGGCGAGUUAUUCGAUCUACGAAAGUGCCAAACGCGGUUACCAAAGUGCUACCACCACGUCCCUUAGCAAUAGCAACAGUCCGGUUGUGAACGGAAGUGUCUACCAGCAGCAACAGCAGCCCCUAGGGGGCAGCAGUAGGGGACCCGUAGUGGGUGGUGAAAGUGCUAAUAUUAGUCAUAGUGAAACUAGUGGUAAUAUUGUUGUUAAUAGUAGUAGUAGUAAUAGUGCCGGUGGUAGCUACCGAAAUGUGAUAGAGAAUGGGGGCAGCGGUGCUGCGUACGAUCAGAACCAGAAUCUUGUGAACCAAAGUCAGCAACAGCAGCAGCAGCAAACGCAAAUCCGGAGUCAAGCGGAUGGACGCGAAUCGGUGCGUAGUCCGUUGACACUGUCCAUGGACUCGGGCAUUUCGAGCAGUGGACCCGUUAAUCGUCGCCUACAGGGCUCCAGCGUGUCACCAUCCAGUUUCCCCAGUCAAGCUAGUCCACAAGAUGAUCGCCACCGGGAGUUGGACGAUCUGCUGUCCGACAUGCUGAUGACGGUUCAAGGCAUCCCCGACGUCGGUCGCAGCAAAGGAGCAACAACAGCAGCGACGACGCCAUCAGCGUCGUCGGCGCAAGCCACCCACCAUCAUCAUCAUCACCAUCACCACCUUCACCAUCAACAGCAGCAACAGCAGCAGCAGAACCUGGCGAGCGAUCAUUUCGUAAACACAAACACUGACACCGUCAAGCGGUCGCACUCGGCCCAGCUGCCGGCACUCAGAGAAUCCGCCAAAGAGCGCGAGUUACUGCUGUACGAAACGAGCAGCACGACGACCACCCUGACGCCGCCGCCCAGCGAGAGUGGCCGCGAAACCCCGCUGCUGAGCAGCGCCUACUCAACCAUCCGCGAUAAGCGGGAUCUCUGUCUCACACCGACCGAGCGAGAGCUGCUCAUGAAUCUGCAGCAACAUCAGUCUUUCGGCUAUCCCCGUCAGGCGCGGUCUACUACCGGAGCUUCGGAACGGUUCACUUCGGACGACGACGACGAUCACUACGGCAGCAAGCAGAUUCCGUAUCACGCCCGGGAGGACUCACGACCCUUCACCUACGGCAGCAUACCGCUAACGGGUACGCCCCAAAAUCCGCCCGCUUCGACCAUGCUCAAGAUGCAGUCGGGCCUGUCGAGUCCAUCGAUGGUUCGCAAAGCGCUCGGCACGCCAACGUCCGCUCGGAAAUCCACCGGAAUGGGUGGCGGAACAGGCGGUGGCUCGGGCGCUGGUCCUUACGGUGGUGGCCUCGGUCGCAACUCGGAAUUCGAAGAAAUGUUACGCGAACGGCGCGAAAAAGUGUUCAGUGAAAAGUACACCAUCGGGGAUCAGUCUCCGCGGGGAACGGACACGGUGGACAAUCGGUGGAACUAUAGCACUACGAUCCGAACCACGGUGGACCAGCAGAACGACACCAACGGAUAUCCCCAUCCGCACGAACCGUUGAAACGGUCCAACACCAUGGACGGCAGCUUCGGAAGGCAGUUCUCCAAUGAUGGAAUCUCCGGCCAGACAUGGCUUCAGCUUCAGCAGCAAAAACUACGUGCCAGAAAGGAACAGCAAAAACGAGAACAUUCAAAUAGCUUUAGUUAUAGUUAUGGCAGCCCUGCAUUCCCCACCAACAACACCUCGGACACGCUGUACAACACCACGCACCGGCGGAGUCAAACGCUGUCGCCGGUGCGCAACGACCGCAGCUAUCACACGCUAACGACGACGCACACGCGGACAAACUCGACCGAGCGGCCAUUUGUGGCCGUCAAGCGAGCCCACGAGAGCGCCAAGAUGCAGACGAUUGGUUCUGCACCACUGUCCGUCUUGAAUGCCUCACCGCACGGUCACAUUGCACAAGCCCAACAACAGCAACAGUCACCAUCGUCGCAGCCCACAACAUCGAGCGCCCCAUCGCCUUCCCCAUCCAUGGCUUCGACCAUUGAGCAUCACCAGCAACAGCAGCACGGUAGCGGCAGCAAUGCCAAUAGCAGUAGUAGUCCCAUCCACAACGGCCAUCAUCAGCAUCACUCACUACAGCACACCCUUUAUCAGCAACAGCAGCAGCAGCAUGAUCAGCAGCACCAUGUUAGCUUCGAUAGCAGCGUGGUCAGCCAGAAUGGGCUGCUGUCGUUGGCUGAUCAGGACCAUUCGACGCCGAAGCACGGACAUGCGAGAUUGGAGUCCGAACAGAUUAUCUUCAGUAACAUAGACUGUCUCAAUAAUCUCGAUACUAGCGAAAAACUUAACAAUCUGCUAAAAGACAUAACAAACAGUGCGAGCGCGGUGCAGCGUGCGGUCAAAAGCAACGGCCAUGCCCUCCUGCCGCUGAGCUCCGCCAUUUCCGUCGCCAACAACAGUGUUGUGACUAGCACUAGCAAUAAUCCCAGUGCCGCUACUAGCAAUACCUUCGCUACUACCACAACCUCCUCUACUACUACCAUUAACCAUCAUCAUCAGCAACAGCCACAACCGAAUCAUGCUAGGUUCAUCAAUCAUACCCAUUCGAAUCAUUACCAAAAUGGUCACAGAAGACCCCCCGCUCCGGAUCCGAUGGACAUCUCCCCAACGACGGAAGAGCGCGAGUGCCUCCGGAUAGGGGAAGAUCCAAAAGCCUUAACCAGAAGCGGCCAGUUAGCGCUCGACAAGCUGCUGGCAUCGCUAGCACUGGAAAGUGACGUUACCGAACAGCAUCUCGCCCAGAUCGAUCAACAGCAACAGCUGUCGGCGGUGAUUGCCAACCUUACGGAGUACAAUCUGAGCGAAGCUCAACGACUGAACGCCUUCAACGGAAACGAUCUGGGAGGGGAUGCCUUUCGGACGCACGCCGACAUUGUCAAUGGCAAUGGAUUCCACCACCAGGUUCACCAGAAUUCACUUAACGGCAGGGCGAACGAUCCCGGAAGUUUACUCCUGAACAAUCACGUGCGAAGGUUAGCAUCGGAAAGUGACAGCACGAUCUCGUCGAUAUCGCCGAGUCUGUCGGAGCGAAGUAAUGCCAUCUCGUGGUGCGAUCAGGCUAGAGAGGAAUCCUUCUCAUCCUACCGCUCGGAGACGGAGCCAGAUAACUCACCGGCCGGUGGUUCGCCGCGGCCCGAGACGCCAGCCUUCCCCGUUACCCCACGCACACCAUAUGGCCUUAGCAAUGGCAGCUCUAGUCCAGCAUUGCCGCCCAAGAGUCCGACAUCACAACGAAAAUACAACUCAACUUGGUCACUGAGAAGUCAGAAAUCGACCAUGUCCACAUACGACGUGAGCAAGGACUUAUUCACCGGCAGCCAGCAGCGCUCGCAGCAGGAGAUCAUCAACCAAAACGACACGGUUUCAUGCUACACAUCACGCCGCAACUCGACCACAUCCAACGCCAACAGCGAACCACAGGAGGUGGCACCGCAGUUCGUGAAGUUCGCCCGCGAUUCGUCGAAAUACUGGUACAAACCGAACAUCAGCCGCGAGGAAGCGAUUGCGCUUCUGAGGAACGCCCCGCCCGGAACGUUUGUGGUGCGCGACUCGACCACCUUCGCCAACGCGUACGGACUGGUUGUCAAGGUGACACAUCCGCCGCCCGGAGUCCAGUCCAAGGGACCGAACAGCGAGGAGCUGGUGCGACACUUUCUGGUCGAGCCGACGAUCCGGGGCGUCCGGUUGAAGGGAUGCUCCAAUGAGCCGGUCUUCACGUCCCUCUCGGCCCUGGUGUACCAGCACUCGAUCACUCCGUUGGCCCUGCCCUGCCGGCUCAUCAUACCGGAUACGGAUCUUCAACAAUCGGACCUCCAGUCACCGGGUCAUCAGCAGCUUCUUAUGCAAGGUGCCGCUUGUAAUGUUCUGUACUUGUUUACCUGUGAUACAGAAUCGUUGACAGGACCCCAAGCCAUCAGGAAAGGAGUGGGACUGCUGCUAUCGUUAAGACCACUGCCCAAGCCCACGCAAGUGCACUUCAAAGUAUCAAUCCAGGGUAUUACGCUUACCGACAACACACGGCAGCUGUUCUUCAGACGGCACUACCCAUCGAACAACGUUUCAUUCUGCGGCUUGGACCCGGACGAGCACCGAUGGAGCAUUCCAUCGUCUACGGGAGACAUCCCAUCCAACAAGCGCAUCUUUGCCUUCGUCGCCAAGCGGUCACCGACCUCGGCCGACAAUCAGUGCCACGUGUUUUGCGAACUGGAAGCCACCCAACCGGCAACGGCCAUUGUUUCAUUUGCCAACAAAGUUGUACUGGGAGGUACGAGCGGACAGCAGCCUGCGCCCACGCGAGCAAUAUAGACACAAUGCUGAAUCGCGCAAACACACAUACAAAACACGAUUUAAAUAUUAUACUGAAUCGAGUCAUUUUGUAAUUGUAAUUCUAACAUUUUUUACAAUGAAUGUAUAACUCUGGAUAUCCGACUGGCAAAGAAGUCGGAUUUAAAAUUACUUAUUACGUAUUGGUACUACUUAUCAGCAAACAGAAAAUGAGCAGCCACGGAGCAGCUAUACCUGCAUGAAAAUUUAGAAGAGAUUGAACACCACGUGUAACAUAGAUAUAAAAGAAAUCAAAUACCUUACACUAGAAUUGUGUAGUGAACACGAAAUUUAACAUAAUAAUUUGAAAGUAUCUGUAUUAACUACGUUUAAAGAUGCAAACUAAUAACUCUACCAUGUACGUCAGUGUAAUUAUUAUGAUUUAGUUGAACGCAUGUGUAAUUCUUCGCGCAAAAAGAUAAAAUUUUAUUUAACUUCAAAGAUAAAUAUUUAUGAAAACAAUAAAUUAACCUUCCACGUAGCUGAGCUAAUCUUCAAAAGAGACUCCACAUUUCUUUCACCUUCUACAUUGAAAAAGCAUUAAACUAACGCCUAUCACACUGGAACGAAACGUAUAAUGAAACUCACAGCUUCGAUGGACUAACUUUCAAUUCUGCUUUUCAGUAGUUUUAUUCGCCAAAACGCUUCCACACAGAUCUGACUAACCAACACAAUCAACGAACGACACGUACACACUUACAUGCACAAAUCACUUGAAUCUUUUUUGAACAGCAGCAACACUCCGCAAGCGCAAAUCACCUAUCACAAUGCAAAAUCUCUAUUCCUACUUUAGUUUAAAUUCGUUCGAUACUUUCGGAAUCAUCAGAAUUCCUUAGGCUUUUUUCGCUAGUUUGAAAAUUGCUUUGAGUGAGUUGCCAAAUUUUGCAAAAAUCUUCCAACCAGAAGAAGAACUUCCAUUUAUUGGGAUAACUGAGAAUAUUUUUUUCGCUUUGCCGUACUGUUGUCAAAGAAGAAAUAAGUGUUACGAAAACAAAAACUUGAGUACUAAACGAUCAAACGAACGAAUAAGCACUUGCAGCGGCGUAAGUGGUUAUGUUAGACGUAAAACACUAAAAUGGAAAGUAUUAAACAGAAGUUAGUCACUAAAAAGCAAUCGGAGACACAAACCAACAAAGCAUAACAUAAAUAGAAUCAAACUAAUCGGCACUAAUGAAGCAGAAAUAUGAGGAAAAAUACGUGCCUAAUUUGAAUACCGGUUAAAAAUCGAAUUUAUACCAUUUAAUACUUGAAAGUAUAUGUAGUCGAUCUUUUUAUUUCCUGUUUUGUAGCAAAUCAAACAUUCUUGAGACAAAUUUUGCAUCAAUAUGCGCACGUAUAAUCAACGUUACAAGAGUUUCAUAAAAAAAAUGACGUUCAACAGAAAUUUACUCAGAAUUAUAGGAGUUAAAGCGAAAUACAAGUGUUUAAACUAGUCCCUGUAUAUCACACGAACAAAAAUGCAAUAGGUACCUUUUAGCUACUGGAGAAAAAUCGUUUUUAUUUUAGUUACUUCACACCGAUCUGAAAAUGUUGAUUUUAAUUUAUUAUUCUAUUCAAAUUCCUACUCCACGUUUACAAACCACUUCCACAGCUCGUUAUAAGAUUGUACCGCGUAUUAUCGUAAAGUAAAUCCGCCAUUAAACUUUCAACACAUAUAAACAAGUACAUUCAAAAACAGUUAUACCACAAGUGAAUAUCAGUGUAAAUCUGAACACACUUUAUCAAAAUGAGUGAAAUCCAACUCAGAUACGGUUAUUUUCUCCGUUUUAGAUAAACGCGGAUCUACAAAUACAGUUGUUGUGUACAUAUAAUGACGGGAAAAUGAGAAGAAAAAAAAACGCUGUUCAAAUAAUAAACGUGAAAAUUAAAUCAAAAAA